GAGUUCUAGCUGCGUGUCACGUGUCCAGCCUCGCUGAACUCUGACGUUGAGUGCGUCUUGUCGAAGUCGGAGCUGAGCAGAGGGCAGCAGUGAAAGGUAAACUAUGGGUCGCCUGGAUGGGAAAGUGAUUGUUCUGUCCGCUGCUGCUCAGGGGAUUGGACGUGCUGCAGCAAUGGCAUUUGCUAAGGAGGGAGCUCAGGUCACAGCCACAGACAUAAAUGGAGAAAAGCUGAAGGAGCUGGAUGGUAUUCAAGGGAUCAGGACCAAAGUGGUGGACGUGACCAAGAAGGACCAAGUAGAAGCCCUGGCCAAGGAACAUGACCAUGUAGAUGUUCUGUUCAACGUUGCUGGAUUUGUGCAUCAUGGCACCAUCUUGGAUUGUGAAGAGGAUGACUGGGACUUCACAAUGAAUGUCAAUGUGCGGAGCAUGUACCUGAUGAGCAAGGCUUUCUUGCCUAAGAUGUUGGCAAAGAAGUCGGGAAACAUUAUUAACAUGGCAUCUGUUGCAUCAAGCAUAAAAGGCGUUGUUAAGCGGUGUGUCUAUAGUACCUCCAAGGCUGCAGUGAUUGGGCUCACCAAGUCCAUAGCUGCGGAUUUCAUUGAGCAAGGCAUUCGCUGUAACUGUGUUUGUCCUGGGACUGUUGAUACUCCAUCACUGAGGGGUAGGAUCCAGGCUCAGCCCGACCCAGAACAGGCUUAUAAAGACUUUAUGGCAAGACAGAAAACUGGCAGGCUGUGCACAGCCGAAGAGGUUGCACACCUGUGCAUAUACCUGGCCUCAGAUGAGUCAGCCUAUGUGACUGGGACAGAGCACAUCAUCGAUGGAGGUUGGAGACUGUGAGGAAACUGGAAGGACUACAUCAUUACAGAAGUGGAAUCCAAACCUUGAAUUCAAAUAAAGUUGUCAUAAAUGUA